AUGGUGCAAAGUUUUCAGAUUUACCUCCUUCUCUUGUUGGUUCCCAUCCAACAAGGUUGCGGUCAUUUUUUUGAUAUUCAAGAUGUGAUCUAUGAAUUCCUCGUGACAGAGUGCUCUAAUGAUGAAAGGUUGUCAACUUUUGAUAUCGAAGGAGACAAGAAAACCCGAGGUGACACCAAAAAGCUUGCAGAACACCCCCCUGUGGAGUUCGACGUCGGCCCGGUGACGUACGGUACCGCUAAAGUACAAUCGCUAGAGUUGUCUGCAGUGUAUGUCCAGACUUUUCACAACAACCAGUCUGACGUGUUGGGCAGGGCUCAAAUAUCGGAGCAAAUAGAACACGAAGACGAGUACAUGUGGACCGUCACCAGUGGAGCAGAUUUAUCUGUCAAGGUCAAGUUCAGCGUGUCGGUUCCACUAGUAUACAGUUUCAGCUCAGAACUUUCAACAACAUUGAAGACAAGUUCUGGAUCCACCACGGUCGAAACACGCACUACGCGACAAUGGAUUAAACAAGAUGUAGCAAUACCCCCUGGAGCCACCAUUGAAGCCAAGUGGCUUGUCAACAAGGCGCAAGUGGAGGUGCCAUGGGUAUCAAACAUUUCCAUGAAGGGAUACAUCGCAGCGUUGUUUGAAUCACCCAAUGCCUUAACAUGGAAGUACUUCAAUGUGACCAAGAUUAAACAUGAUCAAUUAUUAAACGACGGAGAUUCCGUCAUAUUCCAGGCAAAGGGGCUGUUUAAAGCAAACGUAGCUCAGAGCUACCACCUUUCCACCACCGAGAGAGAAUUAACGCCUCACACUGCGAGCUUGGCUAAAUAUAUUUUGGUGGAAUAG